ACUCACUUCCCUCCCCCUCGGUGGUUGCAACAUCAUAUCCAAAGCCCUGCGUCCACAACGGCAAUCGCCUUUACGCACCAGCAAGUGGAUAAUCGUGCAGGAGACCCGCUCUGCUUUCGCAUUACCUUGUUCACAUUAUUUCCCAGCAUUUGGACUUAUCUUUCCUCAACCUCUGUGGAGCUACUCACUCGCUUGGACUGGACUAUAGCCUGCGCGCAAACGUCGUGCGCAACGAAGAGAUGAGAAUUGUGUCCUAAAACCACAUUUUGCUAAAUGCUGCUUUAGAGUGAAGACGUGCAAGGCCCCAGCCUACACAUGGAGUCCAGGGUUCCCCACCACAUCCCCGGAGUGUCCUCCUCCAUCAUAUCUCAGCCCCUGCUGGACAGUCGAGUGCCCUACGGCCGACUGCAGCACCCUCUAACCAUCUACCCCAUCGACCAGAUAAAGUCCUCGCAUGUGGAGAACGACUACAUAGACAGCCCAGCCAUCAUAUCCCAGCAGCCUCCGAGCCAGAAGUCUGUGAAUCGAAGAAUCACCUGGCUUGGUCAGAAUCAGGAGGCCUUCCUGGGGGCAAACCACAACCAUCAUCACAAUCACCAACACCAGCACCACCAGCAGGGCAGGUGCGAGCCCCACCCUCACCAGGAUAACACUACUCACCCUUGGAUUUCCUUUAGUGGGAGGCCCAGCUCUAUCAGCAGCAGCAGCAGCACCUCGUCGGAUCAGAGGCUGCUGGACCACGCUGCGCCCAACCCAACAGUGGACCACCACCCAAACCUGCACCCACACCAGGGCCCCGUCAACACAAUCACUACCCAAACUCCAGGGUGCUUCACUUCCGCUGAAUCAAAAGUCCUCACCUCCUCUUCCUCUGCUUCCUCUUGCUCCUCCUCCUCUAAAUCGCCGGACCUCAAGUCUGCAAAGAUGCCUGCAGGAGGCGUGUGCACCACUGGAGGCCAGCAGGGGUUGGCGCUGAUCCCUUCCUCCCCGGCCGAGAAGAAGCAUCUCAUUCUCUGCGAGCACUGCGGGAAGUGUCGAUGCACGGAGUGUACGCUCCCCCGAACCCUACCCUCUUGCUGGGUCUGCAACCAGGAGUGCCUGUGCUCUGCUCAGAGCCUGGUGGAUACAACCACCUGCAUGUGCCUGGUCAAAGGGAUCUUCUACCACUGCACCGAGGAUGAAGACGAUGAGGGCUCCUGCGCCGACAAACCCUGCUCGUGCUCCCAGGCUAACUGUUGUGCACGCUGGUCCUUCAUGGCUGCCCUUUCAGUUGUCCUGCCUUGCUUGGUCUGCUAUCUGCCAGCUACAGGCCUGGCCAAACUGGGACAGAAGUGUUACGACAAUGUUAGCAGGCCCGGCUGCCGCUGCAAGAACUCGCAGGGUGGUGUGAGUGCCCCUAUGUGUAAAAACGGUGGCAUGGAAGCAAAAGUUGGGACAUUAGAGAAGCAGCAGCAGGGGUCAUGAUAGUGGCUCAAACCGGCUAGCAGUGGCCUCACUGAAAAUGGACAGGACAACACAGUACUUGCUUGCUCUCUAUGGAUAGGACAGUCCAACACCAACCCCUUAAACUACCCCAUUAAUCUGCUGGAAGGUGACUUAUGUAAAACAAAAGGUACUUAAAUGGCUUCUUGACUUAUGUUUGAUAGGAUGGAUACUCAAAGGGGGCCUGAUCUGAGAGAGUUGGCUAGUAUACCAGCUACCAGGUCCACUGAGAUGUGAAGAGUGACUGAAGAAGAAGAAGAAGAAGAAGAGACUAGAUUGAUGGACUGGUGAUUGUGUUAAAAAGAUGGCUGAAGGCACAAAGUCAGUGUACCUCUCUGCUGCUCUGUAUUUCUCAGAUAAUUUUGUAAGGGUAACCAACCAGAAGCUGGUUUGCUGAUCCUCGGAUAUUGUAAAAGUUAUUUGAUGAAGAUAAAUAUCUGUACAUCCCAUCCCCCAAAAGCACAGCCCAGUGUCCCUCAAGAACAAGUGAUUACAUGUACUGGGGUUUUAUGAUAGGCCACUGCAAGAGUAAAACCACCACUUACUCACUCGCUCCACUAUUAUGAUGAUCACCAUCUUUAAGUGUCACCAAUAUUUUUCUCUUAGCUUAAAGAUGCUAGCUUGGUAAUGCUAACAUUAUAUCUCUAAUCUCCAUGGAGGAGCUGUAAAAACAAACGUUUUUUUUUUAGAAAAUAAUAGUAAUUUCCCAUAGCCUUAUAAAAGUCUGUAUUGUGCAUAAGCAGUUGUACAGCAAGUGACAGAGAGUAAACACUUUACAGUGUGUUUCCUAUUUUGGGGGGAUGAAGCCCGGAUAUUCUAAAAGAUUUUGAAUGCUGUUCACCAAUCACCUCAGAGGUAAUGCAUGUCAUGACUUGCAUGCUCUAGUCUAAUGGUUACCCACUGUGCUAGAAGUCGAUGUGUCGUAGAGAAAUGUGUAAAAAAAAAAAAAGUACACCCAACCUUCUCAGGGACUAUUUCAGUAAUCCUCUCUAGAACUUGGCUUACAGCAUGUUGAUUUCUAAACUGCUGAAGAGCCUGGUCUACUUCCUCUUUGCACAAGAAGGCAAAGAAACAUUUAGGGGCAAAAAGGCAAUAGUGAAUAAUUUAAAUAAAGUAAGCUAAGUGGGAGACAAACUGGCCAGAAAAUAAUGUUUCCAGAGAAGAGGAGAUGCAAGUGAUAGAGAGCAAAACGAGGGAGGGAAGACAUAGCAAAGUUGUUGUUGUGUUUAGUCAGUAUCCAGUCAGCCUUUGUCAAAUUCAAACCUGCCACUUGCACAAACUUUUAGGAAGACGCAAACCCCUUAAAGGAUGUACUAAAGCACAGUAUUAACCCAUUCAGCUAUGUCACAUUGAGUUUGCGCGCACAACAUUUAGUCCACACCUCCUUUACACAGUGUCUUCAUUCAAUUCUAAUCAUUAUGCUGCAUAGCUGCAUUAAUCAGAUAGUCUGUCUUUUAUUCUUAAAGUAUAUUUUUGUGGCUAGCAUGAUGUUCUUAGGACUUUGCCAAAGGAAGCUAGCAUACAGUAGCUUGUUUUCACUGACUCAGUGAUCACUGUUGUUAUGCACUCUUGCCAAAUGAGGUUGACGGCAGUUGGUUAGUAAAGGCAUGCUGCCCUUUAAUACAGAUGGCCUUUUCUGUUUGGCAUACUGUCUUUGUUAGCCAUGACACACACCUCUUUCAUUUUGGACCCUUAACUUCCAUUAGGGUGCUUAACUUUACCUGUAUUUGUCUUGUUGCACAAAGCUGAUAAUCACACAGGAAAAUAGGAAAGAAAAAAAAAAGCUGUCCUUAGUCUUGAAUGUAUGAGGCAAUAUUUUCAAAACCUAGCAAUUCCAAGUCUGAGAGUAAGGUGCCAAAACUGAGAAUGAUUGUGUGACUGGGCAAAGGCCUAAUACAUGUAGAUGGGUGGCAAAAAUCACAAAUGUUUUGAGAAUAUAUUUAGUAAUAGAGCUAUGCAGGUGAAAUGUUAUUUGCUGUAAAUAGUUUCACAACAUUUGUGUCCUUUAGAAGAGACUUUUAAAUGUCCUUGAAAGAUUGCAUGGUACGUUAUAACUACAAUUCAGUACAAAAUAUAUAGAGAUUAUAUUAAAUAUAUAUUUUGAGGAUAAGAUUAAGAUGCUUUCAAGGUUGUGUGGAGGAAAAAAGAAAGGGAGGGUGGUGGGAGGAAGGUCUGCAAAGGGGUAACAAAAAUGACAGGUCUUUCUAUCACUAGCACUUGACUUAAAAAAAGUGUGCCCAGCAAUAAAAAAGAAGAAGAAAAAAACUCCUGCUGUUUAUGCUAUCCAUGGCUCAUUAGCAUUCGAGAGGCUAAGCUAAUUCCCUGGUUCAUCUCCGAGUCCUAAAGACUGUGGACUCAUUGAAUCCACACAGGGAACACAAUCUACCCCUAUACGGAUCAACCCAUUUCCUGCUGUUACUGCUCAGUUUCUCAGCUUUCGCCCCUCUUUUUCUCUUUUUUUUUGCUUUUUUCCCCCCUUCCUCUCUUCUUCACUGAGAAAUAUUCCAACAAACACCCUGGCCUUGAUUGACAAACACAGCUGCUGUGCAUAAACUUGUCAUACCACAGAGACGGGACAGAAAGACGAGUGUGUCUUUCAGUCCGUGUGUCCGUCCCCCCAUCUUUGUUGGUCCUCUUAAAUUGUAGUUCUGUGCAAAUUACUUAACCAGUGGACCUCUUUUUUCAACUGUCACUGCCUUUCUUUUCUCUCAUUCCUCAGCUCUGUCACUGCAAGAGCGAUGCUUUUUACUUCUAUACUUUUACAUGUGAUCGCUAGCCUGUUUAAGGUGUGGAAUAAUCAUCCAACAACGACAACUCAAUGAUUAAUACUUUUUUUAUCCUUUGCAACAAUGCUGUGACUUUUACACACCCAUACCCCUGUAUUGCUCAAUUGCGGGCACUGAUUAUUUUUCAACCCAAACAAGAGGAAAAGUCUCAGACAGCUGGGUGAUGCUACUCCAUUCCUUUAUGCCUUUGCAAUGUCAAUGGUGAGGAUUAAGUACGAGAUCUGUGCUUUUGUUUUGUUUAGAUAUAACAAAAAGAAAAAAAAUCUCUCAUAUAAAAGGUUCCCUUUAUAGAUAUAUUUAUUUUGAAGUUCUAUUUUAUAUAGUAUUUAUUUAGAUGCCAACUUUUUGUUUGUGAAGAAAGCUUAUGUUGAAAUGGAAUGUACAUUGACAAUGGAAAUAUAUAUUGUUAAAUAUA